AUCAAAUUUUCAAGAUGGCAGCUCUCAGGCGGUCUUUGUAGUUUGAGUACAAACAACCUCAGAUUAAAUCUGUUUUUGUAAUCAUAAUGGACGAUUAUGAGGAUGAUGAGGAGAACAUGUGGGAAGGUGGACAUGAUUCACCAGAGGAAGAUGAAGAAGAUGAAGAGGAGAAAUUGGCUGCACAACAGGAAUGCCUGGAUUUGUUUUCUGGUAAAGAUUACAUCAUGGAACCAGGAGUGUUUAGCACACUGAAAAGAUUUUUACAAGCUGGUGGAUCCCCAGAAAAAGUGGUGGAGAUGUUGUCUGACAACUAUACAGCUGUUGCCCAGACUGUAAACCUUUUAGCCGAGUGGCUCAUCCAAGCAGGUGUGGAUAUUAAAAUUGUUCAAGAGAUGGUAGAAAAUCAUUUAAAGUCCAUGAUUAUGAAACACUUUGAUCCAAAGAAGGCUGAUUCCAUUUUUACUGAUGAGGGGGAGACGCCCUCCUGGCUGGCUGAAAUGAUUGAGUUUCCGACGUGGAGAGAACUGUUCUAUAAGCUGGCAGAGGAGUAUCCAGACUGCCUAAUGCUUAACUUCACAGUGAAGUUAAUAUCUGAUGCUGGCUACCAAGGGGAGAUUACCUCUGUCUCCACAGCUUGCCACCAGCUUGAGGUUUUCUCUCGGGUUCUUCGAACAUCAAUCACAGGAAUGCUAGAGGGAGGAGAGGAGACUGUCACUAAAAACCUCCCAGAAUUCACAAAAAUGGUUUGUCAUGGUGAACACACCUAUCUAUACAGCCAGGUGCUGAUGCACAUUCUGGCCCAGGAGACCAAGGGUGGAUCUAACAUUAGGCGGUUGUGUCAGGAAUUACAGAAAAGUGCCCAAGCCAGGGAGAUGGAUGUGACCCCUAUAACCCUGGCCCUUAGUGGGGCUGCAGCUUACCCUCGUGCAUGCCAGGCUCUGUCCUCAAUGUUGUCUAGGAAUGCUCUCAAUCCAGCAGAUAUCACCAUUUUAUACAAAAUGUACAUGGAAAUGAAUCCACCCCCUGUCGAUCUCAUCCGAGUUCCAGCUUUUCUAGAGCUUUUAAUUGAUGCCCUUUUUAAACCUUCAUCCAGAGUGAAUCCUGAACACAAACCUAAGUAUGUGUUUGUCCUGUCGUAUGCAGCAAGUGUCACUGAAGUGUAUAAAAAGGGACAAAGGAAGAGUAUCAAUAAGGAUGAGCUAAAGCCGACAACUCAGGCUUUAGAACGAGUCCAAGCUCUGUGUGCAGAGAACAAAAGCUCAUCUGAGCUUAUCUCGGACAUCAGUACACUGUUCCUCAAUAUCAAAUUUCCUGUGAUUGCCUAUGGAGUCUUACGUUGGGUGGAUUACACUGUGUCAGAUGCUAGUUAUUUCAAACUCAACACAGACCACACACCAUUACACCUUGUUCUUAUCGAUGAAAUUGUCACAAACCAUGUUCUCCUUCACCAAAAAGCUUUAGAUCUCUUCAUUAGAGUGUUUGAAUCUUCAUUUGAGGAGCUAGAAGUUCUCUUUAGGCUGGAGCUGAAGAAGGCAGUGCUUGACCGAAUGGUCCACCUGUUUAGCCGAGGCUUUGUCAUUCCUGUCGUGACCUACAUCAAGAACUGUCUCGACAAACAGGACACAGAUAUUUCACUCAUUAGACAUUUUGUUACUGAGGUUCUGGACAUUAUUGCCCCACCCUAUACCCCUGAGUUUGGCCAGCUGUUUCUACCUCUCAUCGAAUGCAAGGAUAUCACAGGCUCACUACGAUCAGAGGAUGGAAGUGACCCUGUCUCCGAGUUUAUAUUGCAUUGUAAAGUGUGAAGAAAAAUAUUCAAUGGAACUUGUGAGGAUUGUCUCUCAUUUCUUUAGUCGCUAUCGUUCCCUGGAGGCACCAAAUGGAUGUGCUUCACUGACCAUGUGCCACGAUAGUUGACCAGACCAUGUGCCAUGAUAACUGACCAGAACAUGGUGCCAUGAUAACUGACCAGACCAUGGUGCCAUGAUAACUGACCAGACCAUGGUGUCAUGAUAAUUGACCAGAACAGCAUUCCAUAUAUGGACAGGCAAAAUAUUGUUGGACAAUAUUGUUUAUCAAUAUAUGCUGAAGAUUAAUCGUUCAUGCAUGCAAUAAAAAUGUGUUUUUAUGUGCAUAAAGAAUUUUUGAAGCUGUGACAGGUACAUUUUGUAUCUGAAUUGUUACAAUUUGUUAGUUGUAAACCAUAUCAUGGUUAAGUACUUCCUAAGACCAGGAAUGUCUAGUCAUGUAGAUUUUUUUAUGAACCCCCCCCCCCCCCCAAUGGACCGAGCAUACAGUUUCCGCUUUCCAUCCAUCUGUCCUUCAGUCAUAUUUUGUAGAAGUUUUCCAGACUAUUUUGACUAUGCUUACAUAUAUUUGUAUUGUAUAUUGAUGAGUUACAGAUCAAAUUUAUGUUUAUAUCAAAAUUUAUUACAUAACCCACUAUAUGAAUUAUAGUGAAAUAAUUGUCUUUUCCUGAGAAACUUGGAUUUCAUACAGGAGGAAUGUAAAUAUUAGAUAUUGCCCGAGAUCUUAUGGCUAUUGACAGAUAUUUGUAACUAUUGGCCAAGACCUCAGCAUGCAAGCAUUAAAGGAACAUGGACAUGAUUUUGAUAAGUUAAAUUAUUUAGAAUGAAAGUUACAUUUAAAACAGUAGCAAACCCCAAAAGCUGACGAAAAGAUGUACAUGUAUAUGAGAUUUUCAAAAUAAGGCUCAUGCCCAGUGUUACGGUACGACUCAACUAUCAACAUGGCACAAAAGUUGACAGCUUCGGGAGGAAAAAAGCUUUAAUGGUGAAAUUUUCAGUUCUUUUUCUUUUGUACACCCAUUCUAAACCGAUUUAUCAUUAAUCUGUGUUGAAUGUUUUCGACAUAAUUUUUUUGUAAAUUUUGGUGUUUUUACCUCCACGUGAGGUUUCUUGGCUGAUGACAGACAUUUGUUUAUAGUCCUAUGAAAGCGCACACUCGUUUCACUAAGAUAUGAACACAGCAUUUACAAAUUUAUACAAUUUACAUAAAUAUGAAGUGUAUCCUGUGUAGGAAUAAUUCUAAUCCACCAAUUUAUGAAAGAUCUUUAUUUCUAUAACAAACAAAAAAAGAAAAGAAAAGAGAGAUUCAUAAUUUCAAAAAAAAAAAUCAUGUCCAUGCUUCUUUAAAAAAAUAAUUGCACAAUUGUGACAUCACAUCGACAUAUCGCUUAUCAAAUUAACAUUAGUUUCAAUAUCUGUAACAUUUAAUUUUCAGUACGAAGAUUUAUAUAGUAGGUUACAUAAAAAAACAUAUCCAUUAUCAAGCCAUGUAACCCACAUAAUUUUAAUGCCCCCGUAAUUGGAAAAUUGGGCAUAUGAUAUUUGGUUUGUCUGCAAAAACUUUAACAAAGGCCAUAACCUUUGAACGGUUAGUACUAGGGCUUUCAUAUUUCACAUGUGUAUUCCUUGAGAACAGACCUUUCUUUUGGUACCAAAAUGUUUGACCUCAUAACCUUCACCUUGGAGUUUGACCUACUUUUGAAAAACUUCAACCUUUGCUGUAACAGUUGAAUGCUUUGUGAUAGGACAUUCAUAUUUCACAUGAGUAUUCCUUGUGACAAGUCAUUUAAUACUAGAAUUGCCUUGCUGCCGUAUGGUGGCAUCAGUGUUUCACAAAUGUCUUGUUCCCUUGGGGCUGUGACCAAAUAUUCUUAUCCAUGGGUAAUGAUAUUUAUGCACUGUUUUUGAACAAAAAUUUGAUACUCCUUAUGUGUGUGUGUAAUGCAGUAUAAUAAGUGUUAUUUAGUGCAAUAAGUGUUAUUUAGUGCAGUUUCAAAAUGUCUAGAACAAAAAUAUUGAUGUACAGAUCUGUCAACAAGGGGGUGCUUUCCGUAUUUACUUUUCAUGGUAUUUUGAAACUCUUAUUGAAUGUAAAGUUUACAGAGAAGGAUAUAGAGUUGUUAAAAUACGAAGGAUACAGUCAUAUACAAUUCCUUUGUAGUGUUUGGAGCUGUCUCCUCCUACAAUACCUUAGUGUUUGGAGCUGUCUCCUCCUACAAUUCCUUAGUGUUUGGAGCUGUCUCCUACAAUUCCUUUGUAGUGUUUGGAGCUGUCUCCUCCUACAAUUCCUUAGUGUUUGGAGCUGUCUCCUACAAUUCCUUUGUAGUGUUUGGAGCUGUCUCCUCCUACAAUUCCUUUGUAGUGUUUGGAGCUGUCUCCUACAAUUCCUUUGUAGUGUUUGGAGCUGUCUCCUCCUACAAUUCCUUUGUAGUGUUUGGAGCUGUCUCCUUGUGAACUUGGGGAUAUCUACAUUAAAGAUUGUUUUAAGACUACAUUCUGAUUCUUUUGUACACUGGUUGUAAUACAGAAUCUUUUAUAGGAUUCUUCCUGAAGUGUAUGUUAUUAUCUUAAAGAAUAAGAUGUUAUUAAAACUACUAUUAAAUUGGCAGCCAAUCGGCAUCAAUUGUUUAGUAAGCAACUAUAACUUGUUAAUCUUUGAUGAAAAUUGUGUGAAUGAAUGAUGUAAGUAUACAAAAACUUGUCAUUGUUCAAAAAUGUUGGAAGUAAUUGAUUAUAGUUAUAUACAUGUAUUAUGUGCAAUUGAAGAAAUUAAAUAAAAAUGUAUUUUGAAAAGUUAAA